AUUAUGCAUUUCAUUCGUUGUUGGACUGUACAUUAUGUGGAUAGUAUUCUACUUCUCCGGCCUGGUUGCUUAUGCUAUUUAUAAAGACUGUGACCCACUCACAUCAGGAAGGAUAGAGAAACCUGAUCAGAUCGUUCCGUACCUCGUGAUGGACAGAUUGGCUCACCUGACUGGAAUUCCUGGCAUUUUUGUGGCUGCGGUGUACGGUGGCGUCCUCAGUUCUUUGUCAACUUGUGGAAAUUCUGUGGCCUGUCUGAUCUGGGAAGACUUCUUGAAGGACCUGCCUUAUUUCCGGAGACUGAGCAGCACAAAAGCAACACGUGUCGUCAAAUUCCUCUGCAAAACUAAGUCUAUAUAUGAUAUGGGUCAAAAAAUCCAAGAGUUUCGAGAAAAUUUAUCAUUUUUUAAAACCCUUCUUGCUCGAAUAGAAAUUUCGAAUGAAGACUUUCUCCAGGUAGCGAAGACCAUUAAUGAGCAGGAGGAUUCAUGUGAAUCAUUUGAAGAAUAUUCUGCUGUUAUUGACUCACCUGAAGAAUACAGUGAAAAGUUCACUGAAUUUGACAAUCAUGACCUCACACUGAAAUUAACAUUUCAGCCACACCUGGUUGAUGUCUCUGAGGUGCCUGAAGAACUCUAG